AUGGAAGAGAAUCAAGACUUCCCAUCGCUUAUGGCCCUUCCCACCUAACGAGGAGAUAUUCUUCGAGUUCCUUUGAGCACCACUGGCUUAACACUUCCAGCUGAAAAUAUCUUUACAAAAUGUCGAGGUUAUGUUAAUGCCUCGGAUGUUACAGACAAACAUGAACGAUCUUUUAUUUUGACCGCUUUUAGAGAUAUUAAGAGAGAUAAAGCUGUUUCCCUUCUUUCCCAACCUGAAGUCGAAACCGGCAACUUUAUUCUUUGUUCUGAAUCAGCUAAUAAUGGACUGGCCUUAAUGAUAAGAACUGACAAUAAACCAUUCGUCAAAGUCUAUGAAAUCCAUCCGAACAAAUCGAAUCAGUACUGCAUUGAAGGGCAAUUUCCUUUUGAUCGAUUAACCGACUUAAUUGAACACUGUUCGGCAAACCCUAUUGAUUCGGCCUAUAAUCGGCUAAUACCUUACGGAGAAUUUCCAACUUUAAAAGAAAUCAUUACCGAGGGUCACUUUACUCAUGUCUAUCACGGAACUUUUAAGAGCAAAGAGGUCGUAGUAAAGAAUUUGAAACCAGAAUCCCCUAUAUCUACGCUACUUCGAGAUAUCCAGUAUCUCAAAAGUGUUAAUCAUCCUGUCUGUGUUAGAACACUUGAAAUUACCUACCAAUGGACAUCCGUCAGUUCUACUAUGAUUAUGAUCAUAAUGGAUCCGUUUGAAGGCAUAACUCUGAAAGAAUUUUUCUCCUGUGCUGGCUUUUAUUCUUUAAAGUUGAACGAUUUAUUGAAAAUGUAUACCGAGGUAAGAAAUUAUGUUCCGCCGGGUAACCUACGUAAAUUCAUACAAAGUGGAAAUUACCCUAACUCCUCGAAAAAGGAAUUUACCAACAUUCUACCUGUAUUGAAAUUCUGCUGGCAAAUAUGUCCUAAGGAAAGGCAAACAUUUGCACAGAUUACAAAGUGGCUUAGAAAGGAAGAAUUCUAA